AUGGCCGACGAGAGGGGUUACGGCUCUUUCCACCCCGGCGAUAACAGUCCUUCGCCCGUGAUAGGCUGUGCCAGCCCACAACCACAAGCUGAUGAAAACACCAAGUUGUUAUCAAAUGACGGUGAUGCUGGGUUCGAGGACCAAAGGGUGAUCGAGGGACACGCUAACUUCCAUCGACUCGGGUGGAAGCGUCUCACUGUGGUCAGCAUCGUCGAAGCGAUCGCUCUCGGCGCACUGAGUCUCCCUCAGGCAUUUGCCGUUCUAGGGAUGAUCCCCGGUAUAGUCAUAUGCAUUGGCAUGGGAAUUGUUGCCAUUUAUACCAGUUAUAUCAUCGGAGCAGUCAAGAUAAAAUUCCCUUCGGUUGCCCACUAUGGAGACAUUGGGCAGCUGAUGAUGGGGAGCUUUGGCUACUGGCUGUUCAGUGUAAUAUUCGUCUUUCAACUGACACUCUCUGUUGGAUCCCACUGCCUUACGGGCAUGAUCGCCUUUGCAAAUAUUACUGAGAGUACAAUUUGCGCUCUAGUGUUUGGUGGUAUCUCCGCUGUCAUUCUACUCUUAUUGGCGAUACCGCCAACAUUCGCCGAUGUUGCAAUCCUAGGCUAUGUUGACUUCGUUUCUAUCAUUCUGGCAAUCGGAGUCACCAUGGUCGGCACUGGAAUCCAACAGGCUCAGAUGCCCGGUGGAUUAGCGAGUUCAGACUGGUCUUACUGGCCUGCCGAAGAUGUCACGUUCCCUAAAGCAGCGGUUGCUAUCAGCAACAUCGUCUUUGCCUACGCCUUUGCUGGUGCUUUGCCGUCAUUCAUGAACGAAAUGCAUACGCCGAAAGACUAUGUCAAAUCGAUAACUGCACUCGGCGUCAUCGAAAUCUCAAUCUAUGUGCUCACCGGAUCUAUCAUCUAUGCAUUUGUCGGACAGGAUGUUCAAUCCCCAGCUCUGCUGUCCGCGGGGCCUGUGAUGUCCAAAAUCGCGUUUGGAAUCGCCCUCCCCGUGAUCUUCAUUUCUGGCUCUAUCAAUACAACGGUCGUAUGUCGGUUCAUUCAUACGCGGAUUUAUCGCGAUUCGGUGGUUCAAUACGUCAACACGGUGAAGGGAUGGGUCACCUGGCUGGCGCUCGUGAUUGCCGUCACCCUGAUCGCUUGGAUAGUUGCCGAGAGUAUCCCCUUCUUUUCCGAGCUCAUGGCUAUCAGUGCGGCUCUGCUCGUCUCCGGGAUGUCUUUCUAUUUCCCUCCCGUGAUGUGGCUUUUACUUCUGAAAGACGGGAAUUGGCAUGACCGGAAAAAUGUCUGGCAUGCUGUGUGCAAUCUGGUCUGUUUCCUAAUCGGAAUCGCAGUCCUCGGAGGUGGAGUUUAUGCAAGCAUCUUCGAAUUGGUGAGUUCCGUGAAAUCCGUCUCCAUUCCAUCUUGCUAA